UGAAUUUGAAAAAAUUUUGUUUUCACAUUCUCAUUAUGGGGUAUUGAAUGCGGAGUGAUUGGAAAAAAUAGAUUUUAAUUUAGUUGUAAAAUUACAUAGUUAUGUGUGAAAAAAGUGAAAGGGUCCAAAAUCUUUCUGAAGGCAUUGUAUACUGUAACAUGUGUACAUGACAGUACAUAACUUCCUGUUAAUAUAAAAUACAUAGGUAUUUAUUAUGGCACAGGAGUUUUUUAUGGAGGAGCCCUAACAAACUAUCUGACUAGAAAGCCUUGGGGGCCUUAAUAAUUACUGGGGGUCCCAAGUACUAUACUAAAGAAGCUCCUUCCAUUGUUUACACUGUGAUCAAUAUUUAUUACAGUGUUGAUGGGGUUCAGUGUUUUUGUAAAUUACUGUCACACCAUUAUGGCUGAUCCGGAGCAGUUGCUGAGCCAACACGAUCAGCAAUGAUGUAACUAUAUGGCAAUCUAAGGCAAAUACUACCCACUGAUGAUGUAACUUAUGUCGUUUUGCAGUAAGGGGGUUAUUAAUCCUUUAGCUCUUGUAGAUCAUUAUUUAUUUUACUGUUUUUGGUUUAUUUCAGCAUAACUCCUCUUUAUUAUAUAUGCAGAAGGACAACCUGACUGAAGUCCCUGAGUUUUUCCUCUUAGGAUUUCAAACAAGCCAAGAUGUAAGAAUUGUCCUGUUCUUCUUUCUCCUUGUUGUUUACUGUGGGACAAUAUGUGGGAAUUUCCUGAUCAUCACCCUGGUGUCCACCAGCAAGAACCUCCACACCCCAAUGUACUUCUUCAUCUCACACCUGUCCAUUAGUGACAUAUUGAUAAUCACUGAUAUUGUCCCCAAGAUGCUAAAAAUCCUAUUGAAUAAUGGGGGGACCAUGAGUUUAAUUGGUUGUAUCACUCAGUUGUAUCUGUUAUGUGCUUCUGAAGCAUCUGAAUGUUUUCUCCUGGCUGUGAUGUCUUAUGACAGAUAUGUGGCCAUCUGUAAUCCUCUCCGUUACUCCUCUAUCAUGACAAGUGGACAUUGUAUGAUAUUGUCUAUACUAUGUUGGCUUCUUGGCUUUUCUAUUAUUUUGAUAUACAUUAUUAAAACAGCAAAACUCAACUUUUGUGGGCCAAAUAUCAUUGACCAUUUAUUCUGUGAUAUAAUUCCCUUAUUAGAAGUUUCCUGUUCUGACACCUUUAUUAUUCACAUGGUGAUUUAUAUUAUGGGUAUACCAAUUGUGAUAAUCCCAACCACCAUCAUUAUAGUGUCUUAUACUUAUAUUAUUUUAGCAAUCCUAAGGAUCCCAUCCAAUACUGGUAGACAGAAAGCCUUCUCCACCUGUAGCUCCCACCUCAUUGUGGUCUCCAUAUUCUACUGGACUAUGUUCGGUGUUUAUGUUGUCCCAACGAAAGGCCGAACACUGACCAUGAGUAAAGUUAUCUCCCUGCUAUAUACUGUCUUUACUCCUUUGGUCAACCCCAUUAUAUAUAGUCUAAGAAAUAAAGACAUUAGGAAAGCCGUAGAGAAAUGUCAAUUAUCAUUCAGAAGGUCUUCACGUGUGGGAAAUGUUGAGCUUUUUUGAAAUUGUCCAAAGCAAUGAUAACAUUAUGGAAAUAUAUGUGGGAACCAAAAUCAUUUCAUUACUGUCUAUAACCAGAAUAAGGACACCAUGGAAUGAAUACUGUGUUUAGAAAUAUGGAGAAAAAAGACUGAAAAAAAAAAACUUUGUUAAGAUGUUGAAAGAAAUAAAAAGUGACCUUUGUGUUUGUAUGGCAUUUGUGUGGUAUAGUAAUUUCCACUGAUGUCUGUUUAGUAUACACAGUGCACAUCUCAUUUUUUGUUGUCUUCCUCUAUUCUA